AAACAUUCGGCUCACGCGUCCGUGCGGAGCAACUCCGUCGACCGCUCGUUCGCGCCGCUGCCGCCGCCGACGAUAUACAAUGCGCUUCUCUCCAGCUCCUGCCUUCGACUGAUAGUGCCUCCGCGCGAGAUAUUCACCUGCGACUGUGAUAAUUUGUUUGCGGACGAAUCUUGCGCUGUAUGCGAGAGUGUUUAUUAUGCCAUUGCUGCGUCGCGCUGCCGGCAAUCGACACGCACGGGCCUAGAAGGAAGCCCGCACGGCCUACGAGGAUAUUAUCAACUUGGCGAUGUCGGCGAGACCCGGCACUAUGCGAUGAUUUCUUCAAGCAGUGAUUAAGAUAUUGAUUGUACAAAUAAAGUGCGGAAGCGAGACGCAAACAUGGGACUGCAGGACCUUCAGGCUUUCCUUGAGAGCCCUGCCUUGGAAGGUGGUGCAGUGUCAGUGGAUCUGCUGAAAAUCGCGAGGAAUAUCAUGCAUCAGCGACCCACUAACAGGAAAAUGCGACAGCCAAUGGGUGGGAAUAAAUUACGAUUGGUGAUUGAUGCUGAGAAUUGCUUGGAUCGUUUGUAUGGUGGAUAUUAUUCAGAUUGGGCUUGUGGUGGGCAAUGGAACAGAAUGUAUCAAUUCCUCAGCCUGUUGACUGAAGCAAUUGAACAUGGCAACAUUGAGUUCACUGCUGUUUUCAAUGGAAGUGUGGAGAAUUCUCGCAUGGACGAAUGGAUCGCCGAACAGGCUACAGUCAGACAACGUGUCGGAAUGGUCCUGAAGCAUAUUUCAACAAAAGCCACACCGCCACCGAAGAUCUGGUGGACUGCGCCGAUUUGUCUACGAACUGCUCUACGCAUGGCCCUGCGACAUUUAGGAAUCACUGUUAUGUGCACGACUGUGGAUCAUCACCAGGAAGUGAUGGCGUACUGCCAGGAGUUUGACUUCCAUGGCCUCUUGGCCGACGACGCCGAGUACGCAGUCCUUGAUCCUUCGCGCUACUUCUCCUCAGAGCACCUGAAGCUCACCUACAAAGGCUCGCUGGAAACGAAGGAGUACAUGGUCUCUGUGAUGGCUAAGCAUCUCCAACUACAAACCGACCAAUUGUGCAUACUCGCCGCCUUGCUCGGUAACUUUCUCAUGCCGGAAGCCGAGCUGCAAGAUAUUCAUAAACGCGUCCUCGGUAAAUUCGGUAAGGAUGACGAAAAGAUGCAAGGUGAGACCGCUAUUAAGUUGCUUGCCGAGUACGUCCGCACUCUGCCAAGCGUCCAGGACAUGGACGCACUUGCGGUCGCCGUUUUCGGCGAGAAUUCACAACGCGGCGACACUUUUAAACAUUCCGUCUCGUAUUAUUUGAACGGUAAGCGCCUGGGCUUCCUUAAUGGGAAGAACAACAAUUCGCAUUCAACAAAUUAUCGCGGUAAGAGUUUAAAGUCCACUACGCCACCAAAGGUGGAAAAGAUCAGCGAGGUUGUGGAGACAAUGGUAGAAACACCGACCAAUAAUGUGACAAUCAAGGAGGAGGUUGUCGAAACAGUGGAGUUGGACACCUCUGGUUUCGCUUCGGAGACUACAGAACAGGAACAAGAGUCGCUUAAGAAUUACAACCUCGCGACAGUGAAUCAGAUACUCGCGUCUGCGUCGGAUAUCAUCAGCGCUGAUCAAGCAGAAGUAGUCGCCUGUGAAGAUUCACCGCCCACUUCGGACACCUCCAGGUUUAAUGGCCACUCGAACGGUGGCACCGGUCUAGUCAGUUCGCCCACGAACAGCUCCGCGCAGGAUUCGCCCCUGGCUGAACCAGCCAGUCCCGAAGCACCUCCACUCAUUCCGAUCACACCUGCUUCCUCUAACUGCGCUCCCGUACAAAAUAGCCAGUCGGUGAUCAAUGUUAAUGUAUCAUCUGAAGUGCUGCGCACGGCGACUUCUCGUCAUCAGAAAGGUCUCAUGACUCCUUGGUUGUUGCAUGUGUUGACCACCAAAGAGGUACGACUGCCGUGUGUGAUGGAAGACGAAGCAAAUCGUGAGUUUCCACCGGUGCAUGAGAUUUAUCAACCGUUACGACAGCGUGUUUACGCAGUACUUUUUAAUUUGCAUCAUCAUCGCUAUGUGCAUGCAAAGAAAAAAGAGGCGAAGGAGGUGCCUGAUAAUGCACCGCCUCCAGAUGUGGUUGUUAAAGAAUGGGCGUAUAGCCGCAGUAAUCCGUAUCAACACGCUGAGGAGGUAAAAGCAGUGCCACUACCGUGGGCUGUGCCGACGUUGCAUCGUCUUUGGUUUGGAUCGGCUGUGGAUGAUAAAAGACGGCGCAUGCGUGCGUUAUUAUCGUGUUUGAGUGCGGAUACUCCGCUGAUUUUGAACACCGCGUACGUGCCGCAGCAUAUGCUUGUUAUGGCGUGUGUGCUGCGGUAUAUCAUGUCUCUGGAGAAGGCGAUUUUGCGUCGGGCAGAGUUGGAUGUCUUCUUGGCACAGGCUUUCAUUCCUGAUCUCAUGAACACUCAGUAUUUACAAGAAUUAACGUUGAAUGUGGUGACUAGUCGCGGUGUGCAAUUGGCAGCUGUGUUUAUGCAAGGCGUGGAAAUGACCCUACUGGCCAAUGAUGCGUGCGGUGCACCAUUACCAUGGCUCAUGUGCUGCCCAUGGUUGUAUUUCGAUGGGAAAUUAUUCCAUCAUACAUUAACUCGAGCUACUCAGGCGAAAACUCUGCUGGAUCUCUGCGAGAAUCACAUUGACAGGGUGGUUAAAGUUGAGCGCAUGCGUAAGGCUAUACUGGAAGGCCUGGAUCCUAAGUUUGCCAAAGUCCCAUUACAACAUUUUACAGGUCAUAUUCGUGGAAUGCCACCACCAAACUGUCUCCCAGCCAUGGCACUGCCAUCAACACGUGGCUCAGGCAGCCACCGCCAUCGCCCAAUACAAUCACGCGGCGGCCAGCUACAAAUUGCCGGCGUAGUUGUAGGAUCCUGGGGCGCAAACUACGGUUAUCAAAACUCCCGCCAGCAAUAUCCCCAGCAAAUGCAUCUGGGCGGCGGUGGCGGCAAUGGUAAUAACGGCGGUUAUCAGAAUAACCGCAAUGGCCGCAGCGCACCGCAAGGCAACUACCACCAACAACAGCAGCAACAGGGCGCGCAACACCACCAGCACCAACAGUACAAUCACAGUCAACCGCGCGGCGGAGGCAGUGGCGGCGUAACUGGCGGCAGUUCCAACUCAUACCGCCCACGCAAGGCGGGCCCACCCACUUACCCGGUUGGGCACAAGAAGAACACUUCCAGCGGUAAGAAACGGGCGGCGAAUAGGCAGCGAGCGGCCAACGCGCGGAGCGGCGGCAAGACGAACAAGGCCGCCGACGACGGGUAAGCCACACACAAUCUCUUCAACAACUUAGAGUGCGCUCACAUCGCAGAGUUACGCCUAUUGGCUGCGCAGUAAUGUAAUUAACUUUGCGUGUGUUAUCCUCCCAUCCCGCAGUGAAUCGCUUGCCGCUGCGUGUGAAGAAGUGAAGACCGAACAUCAUGGGCAGGGCGACGGCCCGGCCGUCUGAUGAGUACACGCCCAUGCCACGCCGCUUUGUGACCCACAGUACCCCUCCGCCUGCCCCCUCAUUGUUUUUAAGUUUUAAUAAUUCUUUCGUUCUAAAAUAAUUUCUUGAAUUUUGACUAAUCUUGUAUUAUCAUUGGCUUUAAUUUGACUUUUGGACGACGCGUGCGCCGUGAGUUUACUUUACGUUUUAAGUUUAUUGCUCGAUUAUUACGUGAUGAUGAUAAAUGAUAACAAUACGAUUGUUGAUUAAUGGUUAGACGAUAUGAAGAUGGUGCUGCUUUCUCGACGCGCAGGCGAGACUAAAACCAAGUGCGAUUUAUGACCAAAACGACUGUUACCAAUAUUUUACUACUACGUGUUUGUGGCUCCGGCUGCUCUCCGGCGACGGCAUCCAUACAUUCACGAGACACAAAUGAAAAUUAUUAUUCGAUCUGAUCUGAUAACAACUAUGCAGACGUGUGGUGUUGGAGAGCAAAGCGAAUAUGUAUAUUUUUCUAUAUUUGUUACGAGUGUUAAUAAUUAUAUAAAAAAAAAAUAACGACUGAGCUAUCACGUCAGUCGCUGCUGUGAUUUAUAUUUAUGAUAUUUAUAUACAUCGGUUGACACACUGCGUGGGCCUCCGGUGUUGGGUGAUGGCGGCGACGAUGUCCGGCGUUGGACCGAGCAUUGCUUUUUAAACGACGUGCAUCACCUACAAAAUGGACGGAGGCCCCGCUCGAACGACGACGAAAGAACAAACUGCAAAUGCGGGCACCGCAAGGCGCCAAGGAAUACAUACAGCCAGCAGAAACAGCAAACACACGAAAUUCGACAAAUACCUAUACAUAUAUAGAAAACAAAUAACUAACAACAACAGAAACUAUUUAAUAACCUAACUUUGGAACAAAAGAUCUUCAACUUGAAUCUUGUUUGUUUCAUGACGAAACUGAAAUUUAUGAUACCAAAAUGGUUGUUGCACCUGAAUCUUAAAACUGAUUUAAAGCGAACUUGAUGAAAAACUAAAAAAAAUGGAAAACAAUUCAAUCGUUGCAUUCUAUAUUUAAUCGCCUCUCGACGUAGUGAAAAUGACUUUGCAAGCAAAACAGAACUCAAAAGUUUCAAUUAGACUUUCUUAAAGAUUAAAAAUGAAUAAACUUGCAAGCAAACACAAAUAAAGAUGUAUUCAUAGUACACAUUCGAUUGUUUUCCCUCGUACGAGGAGGGAAAAUUGAUUUUUUGGUGAAAGAUUAGCUUCAAAACUGGCAAGGCGGUUUCAGAAACAAGAUGGCCGCCUUGCCAUCUUAGCUCGGCACUUAAUUCACAAUAAAAAUACAAAUAUUCAAAUAAUGAAGCAAGAAAAGAAACUUUUCCGGUUAUUCCUGGUUGGGUAUAUUUACGCAUUACUUCUAUUUAUUCAAAACAAGAAAAGAAAAUCAUGUGAAGCAAAAAAAAGUAACUAUAUGUUGUAUCUCUUAUUUCUUAUUUUAUGUGUGUAAUAAUCAAUAUUGUAUGAAUAAUCUCUUCUCAAUAGUAAUUCGACAUAUGUAUUUGUAUAUCGCUAAAAUAACGAGUCCAGAAUGAGUCAUAGUUUUCGGCCACACCCGGUAUACCGUAAAAAAUGUAAAAAUUUAGGCCCACACUUUUAAAUCUGGUUAAUGUUUACAACUUUGAAUCAUAAUAACAACUGCAACAGACGCAUGAAGGGGAAAUAAUACGAUUCUUAUGUAUUCCUGUAUUUUUGCCUAAAUGAUGGAAAAAAAACGAACAGAAUAAAAGCAUCGGAUAUGCCUAAA